UUUAACAAAGCUCAGAGCGGAGCUGGCGGUCACAGUUGUGCCCUGGAUUGUAGCAGAGACACAGAGAGAGAAGCGAGAGCAGCCCUCCUGCAGCCUGUUAAACAACCACCAUGGAUGUCAAACUGCUGGCACUGAUGGCUCUGCUGGCCGUGGCCACACAUGCACCAACCUCCAACGCAAAGCCCAUCAGUCUGGUAGAGCGAUGCUGGUGUCGUUCCACCCUCAACACGGUUCCUCAGCGGGCCAUCAAAGAGCUCAAGUUCCUCCACACACCCAACUGCCCCUUCCAAGUCAUUGCCAAGCUGAAGAACAACAGAGAAGUCUGCAUCAACCCGGAGACCAAGUGGCUGCAGCAGUACUUAAAGAACGCCAUUAACAAUUCUUCUGAAUCUCUCUCCAGGGUGAAGAAAAACAGAAGACGCAAUAACAAGAAAAACUAAACCCAAAAUGAAGACGUGUGUCGUCAGACCUGGCAUCCCCGGGUCGAACCUGUAUACCUCCCUGUCACUGCUAUGGAUGUAUGUAAACACGCUGUAUGUACCCGUCCAUCUCUCUGGGCCGCUUGCAGAACCAGCACUUCACCGCCAAACUGUGCCGUCCCUAGCACCGCCACCAAUCCCUCUGGACACCCAUGCAAUCACUUCCAACCCUCCAUGUUAGCACCAAGUGCAAUCCUAUCUUUGGAACAAUGCUAUACACGCUAAUGUCAGAUAUAUAUGUGUGUGUGUGUGUGUGCCGGGUGAUCGGCAUGAACAAGAGAGAGUGUGUGUGUAUGUGUGUGUGUGUUUGAAUGUGCCUCACAUGAACUAACACAGUACUGACUGUGUGUCUGUACUGUAUAUAAUAUUUUCUGACUUUACACAGCUAUAAAGGAACAAUUUGAGCUUUCUGCUUGACACACAAGGCUUUGUGGGUAAUGCUACCUUCACUUCCUGUCAAAUUAACUCUAAAUAUGAGCUGCUGAAACAUUCACAUAAGCUGCCUCGGAGGAAACUGUUGGCAGGUUUUGUCCAAAUAGCCCAAAUGUGGUUUGGCAAACUGGAGAAGUGUAUCAUUCACAAACAGAAAAGUGGAAAUGAAUCAGUUAUAUUUACAGAAAUACACUUCAACUUUAAAUGUUUUUUUAACAUUACAGUAAAUUUCAUUUUUUUUAUUGUUGAUCUCUCAUUCAUUAAAAACAAAUAUUUGGGAUGGUUACGGACUUUAUUUGUGAAAACUUCUUCUGAUAUGAGGUGAACCUGGCAUUACUCCACAGCUGAGGCCGGACAGGUUGGCCAAUGGGGUCACGUGCAGUGGCCAAUCAGGGCAGGCCAUGCUAUGACACUAUCUUAAACUGUCUUCAAGCUUCCUGCAUUAUCAGGAACAAAACAGAUGGAAGCUCACAUAUACACACUGCUAUAAGAAACAAGCACUGAUCUUAUGGUGCUAUUCAGUUAAAAAAGGGGUCAGAGCCAUCAACAUUGUUAUAUUUCACUGUUUAUUUUAUGCAAGAUUGACGAUGCGAUGUUGUGACCUUUGUGUAUGAAAUGAAACACACCUUAUGUUUUUCACAAAAUAUAUAAAGCACUGUUGUUAGAGUCUGAUAUGAAAGAUGAAAGAGAAAGCUGUUGUUAAGGUCAUACUGUACUGGUCGAAACUAUAAAGGCGUGGGACACUUAUCAAUGCAGCGUUUUAUUGAUAUAAAAAUAUCAAUAUAAACAAGACCAAAUAUUUAUACAGUAAAUCAUGCAACAUAAGAAACCUGUGAACCUCAAAAUGAACGACUUAAUUCGUCAUUAUAGGGAUUAGAUAAUCAUGCAUAUCAAUAAAACAGUUCAACUGCAGUAUUUUCAUACCAACACCUGUCCUUGGUAGGAAAGAAAAGCUAAUAAACUGUCACAUAAAACUGAAGCUGAAUGAUAAAUGUCACAAAGGGAAUGUUCACGGUGGCAAAAAGAAAGUUUUUGAUUAUCCUUUUUUUAUAUAUUUGAGCCACUUUAUUAUCAGAUGUGUUUUUAAAUGUAUUUUUAUUUUUAUAUUGUGUAUAAUCUUACUAAAUGUUUUUUUUUUUAAUGAAAUGUACAGUAAGCAGUAGAUACUAAAUGAAGGCUAGUCCAUAAAAAGAAACAGUAUUAAAUGUCAUUUUUAAGAUUUCACGCAAUAUUUUACAUAAAUGUAAUGGUUCGUUUGCAAAUAUGUUAUACACAGUAUGCAACAUUUUCCUUUACCUAAGGAAUAAAACACUGUUUUUUAACCUUUUUUUUUUUUUUUUACAAUAUGGAUAAAAAAAAUCAGCCAAACAAAUCACAUUUCGUCCUCCUGGUUUGUUGUUCUGUCCACACUGUUUCCUUAUCAACCAACCUGAGAUGUAACAACGGUGAACUGAAUAAAAAUCCAACACUCAGUGACUGAAACAAAAGCUGCUGUUACAUGAGUCAGGAAACUAUUCAGCUCGGCCCACCAGUUGUCCUCGUCGAACACAAGUUUUACUUAGGCUGAUGUAUGAUGUGUCAAUAGAGCCAAUGAGCCAAAGCAGAACAAAACUUCUGAGUUGAGAUCCAAGCGACCAACAUGUGCUUUCAAUCUAGACACUCCCAGCACCCCACGGGCUUUCUUUUCAGUUUCACUCAACCGCAGCCAUGCCGCAGGAUUAGUUUCUUUUUUUCCAUAAAAAUAGUAAUGGAGGUCCUGGUGCUUGUGGUCAUUGUUAUGGUGUGUUUUGUUUUACAUGGUCUAUUUGCUGAGAUCCUGAUUACAGGUGUUGAUCAUAUCAAUUUGCAGCUCGUGUUGCAAUAAAUCCUGUAAGUGUAAUUCAUUUCCCAUGAACCUAAUAUAAGUUAAUGGAUAUUAAUUUUACAUCAUUAUACUAAUUUGUUUAAACACAUUGCUAAAAAUGUUUCCAAACAGAGUGGUAAGCAAUGAUACAUUUCUAAUUUUAUUCCAUCCUUUUAUUAACUAUAGAGUUACACCUAGAGGAAAGAUUAUAUUGUUAUGUCUGUAAACUUUCUAAUGUAUAUUGUGAUAUUAUCUCACUAACAGGAAAAAGACAUUGCAUUACCUGUGGUAAUUAACCACGUUGUUAGCAGCAUUUGUUCAUAACUGAUUUAUAUUAAUAAUUUUCUUUUAAACUGACUUCAAGUGCCAUCCCCUUAAGUAUUGUGGCCCCUGUGGAAACAUUUUAACAUUACAGACAAAUAUAUAGACUCUUUUAUCGUUGUACAAAUAGAGAUUUUUCAGGAAGAUUUUGUGUGUGGACACAUUCAGGUUCACAUUUACUCACCAUUAGUGUGUCAAUAAAUGAAUCAAAGUGGGUGCAUGUGUUCUACUUUGGACCCCGAGACAAUGUGAAAUAACUUUACUUCUUUUGAGGCAGCUUCUGACACAUAUUCUCCAUAUACAUGAGAUGCAUUAGAGUAUUACUCUCUGUAUUAUCACUGUUUGUAAACCAAGAGGCAGUAUUUUAGCUAUGAUACUCGAGCCCUUUUUCAAUAAAGUCAUAUGAAACAAA